AUGUCCUCUUUAGAGGCUCAACUGGAAGAUAGAAGACAGCGGCUUAUUCUUUUGAAAGAGAAGUAUGGUUCAACGGUGGAGCACCCUAUAGAUGGUACUAUCAAGCGAAGAACUCCAGCUACAGGAGCAGAUAAUGAAAUACCAGGAUCCCUAGAAGAUGAUACAGACGCAGGAGAUGGUGCCCGUCGCACAGGAGGGGUAAAGUAUGAGAAUGUCACUGUACGGUCAUUGGCACAUUCGUUUGAACGAGAAAUACUCGCGAAACAUGGGGAGAUGAAUGAUUAUAAUCCUGACGAGGAUCCUCGCUCUCGUGAAAAGCAGUUAGGUAAUAGGGUAGUACGUGCACACAGGCGGUCAAUACAACAAGCAUUGGAUGAGCUUCAGCAAAGUACCGAUCGCACACUCAAAAGGAUCGUACGGAAGCGAUAUUUUCAGGACGCAGGAAAAGAUAGCCAUGAGGGUGAUAGCUACAAUGAGGGGAAUGACGAAUCCUCAGGAUAUGAUAGAAGCAGUUAG